ACUUGGGAGGCUUCCUCUCCGGUGAUUCUGAUACCAUCUCUAGAGUGUCCCAGCUCGUCAAUGAUACAUGCAGGAAACAUGGAUUCUUUCUUGUUGUGAACCACGGGGUUGAUUUCCGGCUCAUAGCAAAAGCUCGAGAGUAUAUGGACUUGUUCUUCGGCAUGCACUUCUUCGAGAAGCAAAGGUUACAGAGAAAGAACGGCGAACACUGUGGAUACGCUAGUAGCUUCACCGGAAGCAGGUUCUCCUCCAAGCUCCCAUGGAAGGAAACGCUCUCUUUUCAAUAUAGUGCAGAUCAUCGCUGUCAACACUCAAAUAUCGUGGAAGAUUAUUUCGUCAAGAGGAUAGGUGAAGAUUUUAGACAAUUCGGGAGGGUUUAUCAGGAAUACUGCGAAGCGAUGAGCAAACUCGCACUAGAGAUCAUGGAGCUGCUGGGGCUAAGUCUAGGAGUUGAGAGAUCUUAUUUCAGAGAUUUCUUCCAAGGAAAUGAUUCCAUUAUGAGACUAAAUUAUUAUCCACCCUGCCCAAACCCCAAUUUAACACUAGGAAUAGGGCCUCACUGUGACCCUACCUCCUUGACAAUCCUUCAUCAGGAUCAAGUCUACGGUCUUCAAGUGUUGGUUGAUGAAAAGUGGUACUCCAUCGCUCCCAAUCCAAACGCAUUUGUCAUCAACAUUGGCGAUACUUUCAUGGCUUUGUCAAAUGGCAUUUACAAGAGUUGCGUGCACAGAGCAGUGGUGAACAGUAAAACCGUGAGGAAAUCUCUUGCUUUCUUUCUAUGUCCAGGGAAGGACAAGGUAGUGAGGUCACCUUCUUCCUUGGUGAAUCCUAGAAAUCCUAGGAUGUAUCCAGACUUCACCUGGCCAACCUUACUGGAAUUCACCCAGAAACAUUAUCAAGCUGACAAGAAGACCCUUGAUGCCUUCUUAAACUGGGUUCAUCAGCAAGGUAUGCAGGAUCAAAAUGAAAGAGACAUAAUGGAAAAAGGGCAACAGAAACACCAAAAAGGAGAGGUCAGACCGUAAGUAGCUGUCACUGGGUUAGUGCUGGACAGAAUAUAUUGAUAUGGUAUAUAUGUAAGAAGGAUAAUUGUAUAGGAAUAAAGAACUAAUAUGGGCUCCAUAGCUUAGUAUUUUUACUUUGUCCUUUAACCCUAAUAUAUAUGUGGAUUAGAGUUGCCAUUCGGAAAUUGUUGUAAAAUGAUGUAGCUGUCGCCUUUUGUAUUAUCAGUAUCACAAAAAAUAAAUUACUAAACUAUGA